ACGAUAUCCAGCUCAGCGUGCAUCAAAGAACAUUAAAGAUGCUGCUCCAAGUGGUGCCACCGGCUGCGGGACUCGUCCUCAUCUUGGCGGCGGCGGCAGUGCCACAACAGGUGAGCGGCCUGGCCAUCACCACGGGACACUGCCAGAAGAACAUCAGUGUGAAGUACCAGGUGCCGGUGACCAGAUCUCCAGGCACCUCGGGCAACUCCAGCUACAUGGCCUUUGAGGAGCUCGUGCGCUGGGACAACAUCCAGGUGUGCUGCCCCGGCUACCGCACCAUUCUCUUUGGCUUCUGUGAGCCCGUCUGCCAGGAGCCGUGUCCGGCGCACAGCUUCUGCGCGGAGCCCGACCGCUGUCACUGCCAGCGCGGCUACGAGGCCUCGCACCUGCACAGCAACAGCCAUCGACUCACCUGCCGGCCGAUCUGCCAGGGAGGCUGCCCGGAGCACAGCCUCUGCGUGGCCCACAACGAGUGCGAGUGCCGGCCCGGUUUCAAGGACGCCAGCAGCUGGUUCAGCCUUGGAUUGCGCUGCGAGCGGGUGCAGUGCGGCCACGAGCAGCGCUUUGAUCCCGGGCGUCGCGCGUGCGUCCAGAUCGAGAUGAGCAUGGAGGAGCUGAUGCAGCGCGUUGCCGAGCGUCUGGCCAAGGGCCUCAAGCCGGAAGCGGAAGCGACACCCGAGGCGGAAACCGAUAAGGCGACAGAUUAG